AUGGAAGAGAUGAUGAAGCUGAAUAACACACUGAAGAUGGAAACUGUAAACCAAGCUUGGAUCGGUCUACAGAGAGGAGACACUGGGAAAUGGCAGUGGUCUCUGGCAGACCAAACUUUCUACAGAGAUGGAGACACUUACAGAAACUGGAGUAGUGUGGAACCAAACAACAAGGGGGGAAAUGAGUUUUGUGUUGAGAUGUAUAGGGAUGAGAAGGACACAAACACCAAAAGCUACAUAUUUCUUAAUGAACAAAAGACUUGGCGUGAUGCUCAGACCUACUGCAGAAAGAACUACAUCGACCUGGUCAGUGUGAGGAACCAAACUGAGAAUGAGAAGAUCAGGUAUAUGAUUCCAAAUUAUUAUUCUUCUCGUGGCUUUUGGAUUGGUCUGUUUAAUGACUCCUGGACGUGGUCAGAUCAGAGUAAUUCCUCAUUCAGAUACUGGAGCUCUAACAAACCCAGUGGAGGUUUAAACUGUACUGCAGUGAAAGUGUCUGAUCAACUCUACUGGAGUGACGUGAACUGUACAGAAAACCUCCCGUUCAUCUGCCAUGAGAACAAACUUGUAUUGAUUAAGCAGAGUCUGACCUGGAAAGAAGCUCUGAGAUACUGCAGGAACAAUCAUUAUGACCUGGUCUCAGUGCUCACUCAGGAGAUGCAGCUCUGGGUGAAGGAAGUGGCUCAAGACGCCUCCACUGAACACGUGUGGCUCGGCCUGCGUUAUGACUGCAUCCAGAGUAUCUGGUUCUGGAUUUUUGGAUCAAUGAUCUGUUACCAGGACUGGGCCCCGGGGAACGGGACAGGGUUUGAAAACUGUACAAAUGAGGAGAGAACCGGAGCAGUUCAGUCUAGAGGAGAGCAGCAGUGGAUCAGCCUGCCUCAGAGCAACAAACUCAACUUCAUCUGCUUUAACUAUGAAGGUUAG